UUCCAUCCUCCCUUGCCGUCCUGCUCUUUAGCUGGCGAACGUCUUCUCCAUACAAAUUGACGAUUAACUCAAGAAGAAAUUACUCUUCAUCCGUUUUCCUUGCUAGAUUGACGACUGUCCCCGUGCAUCAGAUUGAUUUGGAUCUGCUUUACCAUUCCCCUGGCAGAUUCAUAAAAGGAGGAGCAUUUUUCUGUAAUGGAGAAUUCUGAAUCUGUUCAGCUAAGUGGAGAAAUUGUAAAAGAUGGCGAUAGUGAAAUAGUUACUGAAAGUGCUGCAUUUGUGCGUGGAGAGGCUCCUCAAGAGGGAGAGGGCCCUCCAAAAGUUGAUUCCGAGGUGGAAGUUCUUCAUGAGAAAGUCACCAAGCAGAUCAUCAAGGCAGGUCAUGGGGAGAAACCAUCCAAAUACUCCACAUGCUUCUGUAAGUACUGAAGCAGCUGUUGGUAAAAGCUAUUAAUCGGUAGUGUACUGUCACGUUCAUUGCGAUCUUAAUUUGUGCUCUUAAGUUAAGGAUAUUGAUACCACUGUCAUGGAUAUGUGGUCUAACAAUCACACUACUUCUUCUCUGUUCAAUGGUUUUAUUGAUGCUGUUCACUGUGUAAGUUGUAGCCAGUAUAUGCUGGAGCUGUUUUGAAUGUAGAGCUUUAACUAGAUGAUUGAAUCAUCUCCUGCUGAGUUUAUUAGUUGGAUGCUUUUUCUUAUUACGUGUUUCAUGUAUGGGCCUCUCCAAUGCCACUCUGGUGGCAGUUCCUUUGAGGAAGUAAAGUUCUGACUUAGUUAGCCUGGAUUCCAGUGCACUAUAAGGCAUGGACUGAAAGCACGCAACAUAAGUUUGAUGAUACAAGGCAGGAACAACGGCCACUUGAAAUGGUUCUGGGGAAAGAGAAGAAACAAAUGACUGGUCUUGCGAUUGGGGUUUCGAAUAUGAAGGCUGGUGAGCGUGCUCUGCUUCACGUGGGCUGGGAAUUAGGUUAUGGAGAAGAAGGGAGCUUUUCAUUUCCAAACGUUCCUCCAAAGGCAGAUGUAGUCUAUGAGGUCGAGCUUAUAGGUUUUGAUGAAACCAAAGAAGGGAAAGCUCGUAGUGACAUGACAGUUGAAGAGAGAAUUGGAGCAGCAGACAGAAGAAAAAUGGAUGGAAAUAAUUUAUACAAGGAAGAAAAACUUGAGGAGGCCAUGCAACAAUAUGAAAUGGUCAGAACAUUACGUUCUUGAUGUAAAAGUUUGUUGACGGAGCUUCUUUUGUUUGAUGAUAUUGUUAACCAAGUAAUGUGUUUGUUUCAGGCCAUUGCAUAUUUAGGUGAUGACUUCAUGUUUCAACUGUUUGGCAAAUUCAGAGACAUGGCUUUGGCUGUUAAGAAUCCAUGUCACCUUAACACGGCAGCAUGUUUGAUAAAGCUAAUGCGCUAUGAUGAGGCUAUUGCACAAUGCAGUAUGGUAAGUAUGCUUACAGCCGUCUCAUUUCCUCUUCCUCUCCAUUUAUUGACAGACCUCUUAGAGCACUCGAUCGUGCGUGAAAAUUAUUUCGAUUCAAUGUAACAGUAAGAUUGGUUUGGUAACAGACCCAAUCUAGCUGCAAGUCGCGGCUGAAGGAUGAAAUAGCAUUGGCAUAGUGACCCUGCGCUGGUUUCAAGUAUCUUAUGUAAUUUUGGUCUGUACUGAACGGGGACUGAUGAACAUAUUGAUAUUGUUGGACGUUGCAGGUGCUUGCUGAAGACGAAAACAAUGUGAAAGCAUUGUACAGAAGAGGCAAAGCCAAAGCUGAACUAGGGCAAACUGAUGCUGCCCGAGAAGACUUUCAAAAGGCGCGUAAAUAUGCACCUGAAGACAAGGCUAUUGCGAAGGAGCUGCGGCAACUUGCUGAGCAAGAUAAAGCUUUGUAUAAGAAGCAAAAGGAGAUAUACAAAGGCAUUUUUGGACCACCACCAACUCCAAAGCCUAAGGAGCCUAGUAGUCUUCCCAUCCGGUUUUGGCAAUGGCUAAUCUUCAUAUGGCACUCAUUCAUGGCUCUGAUUCUCCAGCUAUUCAGGCGCGAAAGGCUCAAAACCAACUAGUCUAAAGGCUCAAAGGGCUAGCCUGCAACCAAACAAUGGGAAUGUUGCCAAAGAUGUUUAGUGCCUUUGAUACUCUCGUAUGGCUGCUAAUGUACGUACUACGAGAUUAUACCGAAGAAAUGUAGUACAAUAUUAUGUGCCAAAAUUGCAGUUUAAUGUGGUUCUGGUUCAAUCAUUUUCUGCCGCUAAAAAUAGCUACCGAUUGGAAAUACUGUGUAUUUUCGAUCAGACCGGUCAGUACAGUAGGGUUUCUUAAAGUAUAGAACUCCAAUCAAUUGAUGCACGGGGUAAAACUCGGCACUGAUGCGUAUUC